GUGGGUGGGGGGCGGGGAAGAUGUCUGAGCGGGGAGAAGCCCCGGCGGCGGCGGCACCGGCGGGAGAGAUGCCGGCGAAGAAGCAGAAGCUGAGCAGCGACGAGAACAGUAACCCCGGGGACCUGUCCGGCGACGAGAACGAUGAUGCCGUUAGUAUUGAAAGCGGUACUAACACCGAACGCCCUGAUACGCCAACAAACACUCCUAAUGCACCAGGAAGAAAAAGCUGGGGGAAAGGAAAGUGGAAGUCAAAGAAGUGCAAAUAUUCCUUCAAAUGUGUAAAUAGCCUAAAGGAGGACCAUGGCCAGCCUCUGUUUGGAGUCCAGUUUAACUGGCACAGUAAAGAAGGUGAUCCUCUUGUUUUUGCCACUGUAGGCAGCAACAGAGUUACUUUGUAUGAAUGUCAUUCCCAAGGAGAAAUCCGUCUGUUGCAGUCUUAUGUGGAUGCUGAUGCAGAUGAAAAUUUCUAUACCUGUGCAUGGACAUAUGAUAGCAAUACAAGCCAUCCUCUUCUGGCUGUGGCAGGAUCCAGGGGUAUUAUUAGGAUAAUUAAUCCUAUUACAAUGCAGUGCAUAAAGCACUACGUGGGCCAUGGAAAUGCAAUCAAUGAACUGAAAUUCCAUCCCAGAGAUCCAAAUCUUCUUUUAUCUGUAAGCAAAGAUCAUGCAUUGAGACUGUGGAACAUCCAGACAGACACGCUGGUUGCAAUAUUUGGAGGAGUAGAAGGGCACAGGGAUGAGGUGUUAAGUGCAGAUUAUGAUCUUCUUGGUGAAAAAAUCAUGUCCUGUGGGAUGGAUCACUCUCUAAAACUCUGGAGAAUCAAUUCCAAGAGAAUGAUUAAUGCUAUCAAAGAUUCUUAUGAGUACAACCCAAAUAAAACCAACAGGCCUUUUGUUUCCCAGAAAAUUCACUUCCCUGACUUCUCUACAAGAGACAUUCAUAGAAACUAUGUUGACUGUGUACGGUGGCUGGGAGACCUAAUCCUUUCCAAGUCUUGUGAAAAUGCCAUUGUUUGCUGGAAGCCUGGCAAGAUGGAAGAUGAUAUAGAUAAAAUCAAGCCCAGCGAGUCAAACGUGACCAUUCUUGGGAGAUUUGAUUAUAGCCAGUGUGACAUAUGGUACAUGAGAUUUUCAAUGGAUUUCUGGCAAAAGAUGCUUGCUCUGGGCAAUCAGGUUGGCAAACUUUAUGUUUGGGAUUUAGAAAUAGAGGAUCCACAUAAAGCCAAGUGUACAACUCUUACUCAUCCUAAAUGUGUUGCUGCCAUCCGACAGACCAGUUUCAGCAGGGAUAGCAGUAUCCUUAUAGCUGUGUGUGAUGAUGCCAGUAUCUGGCGCUGGGACAGAUUACGAUAAAGUACUUUUUCUUAAUUCAUAGAGGAAAAUAUAUUUUCAAAUUAUAAUAUAGUCUGUUAACUUGCUAGUACAGUAGAUGCAUUCAGUGUAGACUUUCUCGAAGGUUCGGCAGGCUGGAGCCGGACUUAGUGAUGUUUACAUUCUGUGUAUUGUUCUGCUUGAAAUUGCUGCUUUUAAUAAAAAGAAGUAUUUUUGUAAAGUUU